CAGAGUUUCUUGUUCGAGCCCUGCUGAUAGUAGCAGUUGGAUGGGCGUUCUGUGACGUCACCGCGUUCCAUUCCACCUCCAGGAAUUGUCUCUAGACAUGCGCUGCUGUCUGGCUCUGGGUGUUAGAUGACUGGGGAGCACGGGGACUCCGACAUGGAGGGGAUACUGUACAAGUGGACUAAUUAUCUGAGCGGUUGGCAGCCUCGGUGGUUUCUUUUGUAUGGUGGAAUAUUGUCCUACUAUGACUCCAAAGAAGACGCUUGGAAAGGUUGCAAAGGAAGUAUCCAAAUGGCUGUCUGUGAAAUUCAAGUUCAUCCUUCAGACAACACUCGGAUGGACCUGGCUAUUCCGGGGGAGCAGUACUUCUACCUAAAAGCCAGGACGGCAGCAGAGAGACAGCAAUGGCUUGUUGCACUGGGAUCUGCAAAGGCCUGUAUAACAGACUUUCGAACAAAGAAGGAAAAAGAGUUCAGUGACAAUACAGAUGUUUUGAAAAAGAAGAUGUCAGAACUAAGACUAUAUUGCGAUAUCCUGGUCGAACAAGUCACAAAAACAAAAGAAACCUCUGCCAUCGACUUUUCUGAGUCUCAGGAAAACAUUGAUAUGGGAGCCCUUUUGAAAUCUACAUGUAAUACAUUCCUGAAAACUCUGGAGGAGUGUAUGCAGAUUGCAAAUACUACGUUAUCAUCUCACCUCAUUCAUGCCACACCUCCGGGGUCACCGCACCUUUCUGUCCUGAAACCCAGCAAGGUACGUCGCUCGACAUUAUCUUCUCAAGUAUCUGUGCAAAGGAAGUCCGAACUAAACAAUAAUCUUGAAAUUGACACUGUAAAAGAAAAGGCAAAUCACAGACCUCAAUCAAUAACUGAGAGCGAGCGCAUGUUUGGUGUUGAUAUCUCCAAAUCUAUUCCAGUCAGUACAGUGUGCAAUGAGGAAUCCAUCUCCUCUGUCGACGGUAAAGAUGCAUCAGAUCUUAUAUCUACACCCUCCGAGGACAUGGUUGGCAACCAUUUAGAUAGCGAUACCAAGACCGAGUUACAUUCCGUUACAGACAUGGUACAGCAAGAGAAGGGAGAAGGAGACAAGGAAGAUGAAGGAGGAGGUGAUGACCAAGAAGGAGCUGAUGAUGCAAUUCAGACUUUUUUCAGUGUAAUGACUCACAGGUUCAGUGAUAUUAUACUGGAUGAUGAUGAUGGGAUACCAACGCAAGAUUUCUUGGAUUCUUGUUAUGCAGUGGUCCCAGUUCUGGAUAAGCUUGGAUCAACUGUGUUUGCUCCUGUUAAAAUGGACUUUGUGGGAAAUAUUAAGAAAAUAAAUCAAAAAUAUAUAUCUAAUAAGGCCGAGCUUACAACCCUGCAGAAGAUUGUUCUCCAUGAAGUUAAUUCCAAUGUGGCUCAAGUUAGGAACUCGGCAACUGAGGCUCUCUUAUGGCUUAAACGGGGUUUAAAAUUUUUAUAUGCGUUUUUGACUGAGUUGAAGAAUGGAGAAAACCAUAUUCAAACUGCUUUAAGUAACGCAUAUGGUAAAACAUUAAGCCAAUAUCAUGGCUGGGUUGUCCGUGGUGUAUUUGCGCUGGCCCUGAGAGCAGCCCCAUCAUACAAUGGAUUUGUUGCUGCUCUUACUGUUAAAGAAGGCAGUGGGGAGUUCUUUGAUGCCAUGCAGAGAGAUCUGAACAUCUACCUACCUGCCAUGGAGAAGCACCUCUGCCUUCUGGACUCUUUGUAUGAAGAACAUGGGUUGGAGUCUGAUGAAGUGGUAUGACGAGCACCAGCAUCUCUCAAAUUCAGGGAUUUGGAAUAUCACGAAGGAGUGCAAUUUCACCUUAUCGGCUGUAUGCAUGAGCAGCCUCUGUUGUUGCUACAAUAUCGCAAAAAAAAAAAGAUGGAUAAAACACGUACAUCACAUGACAUCUGUAGCUUUAUUCUGCUUGGCAAAGAAGUUCUCACGGACCUAUGUUCUUUAGCAUGUUGUCUUCAUCCAGGGGAUCAAGCUUUAUGCUUUAUGUAGCAGCUCUAUCCAGGAACAAAUGAGAGAAAUACAGAACUUGAAUAACUCUUGUUAAUGAUUGUGGCACAUAUUUAUUGAGAAUGAAAAUUCACAAACUUGCGUAAUUUGUGACUUGUUUAUAGUGUCAUUUUAUAUAUAUAUUUUUUACAUUUAAUUGUAUUUGUUUUAAUUUAAUGCAAAGUGUGAUAGAAAGAUGAACCGUAUGAAGAUACGCCUGGAAAUGGGACUUUAGGAUUUUGUUUGCUAAACGUUCUCUACCAGUCUGGAUUUUGCUGCCUAUUUGCACUAAUCAGGGAUCCGUGUGUCAAAAUACUUUGCUCAUGUUCUGCAAACCAUCUUUCAGAGUGUCAUCAGUUUUGAUAUGUUAAUCAUUGGAGGCCAAAAUAGACAUUUUAAGACUGAGGGCUGGUAAUUAUAUGCCUACUACACCAUACCAAAUCUUCAAAAUAGUACUCCCAACUGGAGGUGCUGCUGAACUCCAACUAAUUUGUCUGGUUCCUUGCACAUGGACUUAGAGAUCUACCUUGAAAAUCAUCAAUUCUAGACCAAAUGUCAGGGUGCUCAGGACUGUUUAUUUAAAAGCUCAUUCUUUGUGAUGAAAACCUUUUUCAAAUCAUCAGAUCUGCUUGAAUUACUUUAUGCUGGAUGUACCUUCCUAUCUGUUUUAUUCAAUAUUAGGGUUACAAACUGAAUCCCCAAGGGCACAUAUCCUGUCCCGGUUUUAGAUUUCUUUCCUUUAUGUGUAGUCAAGGUGCUAAGUGCUAAUCUUAAAAUUUGAUUUGAUCUGGAACCAUCAUAAUGGAGUUUAUUAAUCUGAAAGCCUGGUGUUUUUUGAGGCCCUCUGGACUGGAGUUUGUAUACUAGAUGACUAUUGAUCAUAUGACAGGCUAAUCAAAUACAGCUUUUAAUGUAAUCUU